AUGACCAUCAAUAUUAUCCUCUUCCUCUUCUUCUUCCUUCUAACAAUCCUUGUUGGAGCUGCAGGCCAAGACGAGUGCAAGGUAUCAAGUUACAGUGACAAUGGUCCCGCCAUCAGGUUCCCAUUCAAGCUCAAAGGCCAACAGCCAGACCACUGUGGCCAUCCCGGGUUCGAGCUAUCUUGCAACAACCACCACCAAACAGUGCUCGAGCUUCCCUUUUCAGUGAAGGUAUUGGUUGGCAAAAUUGAUUACACAUCUCAGCUGAUACAAAUAAAUCAAGAUGAUGAAAAAAGCUGCCUCCCAAGGCAGUUUCCCAACCUCAACCUCUCUGUCUCUCCUUUCCACUUCAACCAUGAUUUCGACCGGACUGACUUUGCCUUGUUCAAUUGCUCUGCAUCAGCAGAUAGGGAUCUACCAACCUUUCUCAUCCCUUGCCUUGGUGUCACGGGCUACCAAGUUUAUGCGGUUCAUUCCAACAGUCAAAUAAAUGACUAUUCCUUGACAUCUUGCACCAAGAUUGAUAAUAUAUUCCUCAGUUACUUCUGA